CAGGACGUCCUGAGAGAUACAUGGACAAACAUCUCACUGAUGGUCUCUAAGGCUGGUGUUAUACAACCAGAACCAGAACCAGAACUAGAACCAAAGAACAGAGCUGGAUUCUUAAAAUAUUCAUGUGAAAUCACUCUGGAUCCAAACACAGCAAACACAUGGCUAGGACUAUCAAAGGAAAACAGGAAAGCGACAUGGAUGAAUCACCGUCAGUCUUAUCCUAGUCAUCCAGACAGAUUCUCUGGUUAUUAUCAGAUUCUGAGUAGAGAGAGUCUGACUGGACGAUGUUACUGGGAGGUGGAGUGGAACUGGAAAAAAGUCUAUGUAGCAGUAGCGUACAAGAAUAUCAGCAGAGCAGGAAGUGGGAUUGGAUGUUUAUUUGGACAUAAUGACAAAUCUUGGGCAUUAUUUUGUUGCCAAAACAGUUUUAGUUUUGGUCACAACAGCAUCUGGACCCCCAUCUCAGGUCCAGUUUCCUCCAGAGUCGGAGUGUACCUGGACCACAGAGCAGGUAUUCUGUCCUUCUACAGCGUCUCUGAAACCAUGACUCUCCUCCACAGAGUCCAGACCAGAUUCACUGAACCGCUACUGGCUGGGUUUUUCAUUGGUUAUGGAGCCUCUGCAGAGUUCUGGAAACCCAAAUAGAUUUUUUCUAUGAUUGUUGAUCAGGGUUCAUUGUUCUCAGGCAUGUGCAGAGCACCUGCCCCUUUUAUCCUUGAUGCCCCUAGAGCCCUUUUUGAGUUUUCUUUUAUUUGUUUAGGGGUUUUUUUCCCAUUUUUUAUUAUUUUUAUUAAAGAAUGUCUGUCUUUAUAUCAGGCAUCCUGAUAUAAGACACAGUACAGCGACUGUCACCGUGAGUCGCGACGCACCUCAAAGCCCCGAUACCACCCGGUACCACCUGCUCUCUGUUUGCUCUGCUUCUCCUCAACGUUUCUACCAGGUGGGUUAAAGCCGCUGCUGACGGGAUCUGGGCUGGAGGUGAGCGGCUGUAAAUAGAAGUUAUUGCAGAACCUCAAAUAUUAAAGGAAGAUUCGGCCCAUAGCAUUUGGAGCUCACAAAACAAACAUCAGUGAAAGUACUGUAGCAACAAUUAGAACCGCAGCAUAAAGCCAAACAUGCCACAAUUAAAUGAAUCAAAAUGGCGCCAAAGCAUCGGCGGACUGACAUAGGAGCCACCGGGGGAUUCCAGCA